AUGUGCUGCACAAACGACUACUUUAUCGUCAACUAUGUGACGGAAGCUCAACAAGCGAAUAUCGGCUUUUCGAUUACCGGUGGAGUGAUUCCAAUCGCAUUGCAGCGAAUCGCAAACCUAUCUUUAUUGGAUUCUGUUGAGUUUAAAUUCAUUGUUAACUACACGGAUUGCUCGGAAUCAAACGCGGCUGGCAUUGCUGUUUAUAUGUUGAAAACGCUGAAUGUUGAUGUGAUUAUUGGACCGGGUUGUAGCCAAGCGAUCAUCCCAGUCGCAAUCCUUGCCACAUUCUAUCAAACUCCACAAAUUGUUUGGGGUUAUGCUUCAGCUUCGACUCUUGCCGAUUCCUCUCGUUUCACGUCUCUCACCACCGUGGCACCGAAUUAUCGACAAUUGGGAUACGCGUUUGGCACUUUAUUGAAUAUGUUUAAUUGGGACACUCUCGCAUUGUUGUACGGAUCAACGGGAGUCGGCAAUUGCGCGUCGUUGAUUUAUGAUGUGACGAAUGCCCUGUCGGAUCCUCUCCUCAACAAUUCGCUGACGAUCGCCUCAACUCAACGCUUAGAUAUCGCCGCAUCAACGACAGCCUUCUCAAUAGCAAAUGUACUCAAAAAACUAAAAACUCGUGCUAGAAUUAUCGGUGUUUGUUUGCAGGAUGACAACUCUAAGAGGAAUUUCAUGAUUGCCACGGCGCUAGCUGGAAUGAAUACCUCCGACUACGUUUAUGUAAUUCUCGACUUGAAAGGAUUCGGUUUUGGUCAACUUGGGCAAGGUGGACCGGGCACAACGAAAUUGGACAAUGGCCUGACUCCAGUUUGGUACGAUACAAUCAACAAUAACAAGGAUGGUUAUGACUCUGUUGCUCAACAGGCUGCUAACAAUUUCUUGCUGACCUCAAUCUCAUUCAGUGGUUGGUCUGGAGCAAUAGCAAUGACACCAAAUGGGACUCGAGUGCCCCGUUUGUACGCUUAUGGUUUAACAGGAGCCGGUGUUCCCACGCGUUUCAUCAAUUUCACAUGGCUUGGUGUAUUUGAUUACAUGAUAGCUGGCGCAAAUUUUGUGGACGAUACGUCAACGAUUUGGGCGGCGAGAGGAGGAUUUAGACCGUUGUCGACACCAAUUUGCGGUUUCACCGGCGAAAAUUGCCCACCCACCCAAUGGCAACAAAGUGGAAUGUACAUUUGUAUCGGCGCCGGGAUCAUCAUUCUUCUUCUCAUCGUUUUCAUGUUUCUAUUGAUUUACAUUGCCAAACAAAAGCGUAAAGAACGCGAGCGACAAGACGCCGAGUGGCAAAUACCAUUCAUCAUUUUGGAGAAAUUUGGUCAAGGAAGGCAUAGUCGAAACGAAGAAAAGAGCAUGCACUCUCUUCACUCCUCCAAAUCGUCAAACUCGAAAUUCUCAAUGGGCAGCAAAGGGGAAACGGCCAAGUUGGCUUAUUUUCAUAUGAGGGGUGAGCCCGUUUCCGCCUACAAAUAUCAAAUAAUGCCCAGAUUGGGAAAAGAGGAUUUUGCCGAGUUCAGAUUGCUCCGAAAAGUAGAACACGAUAACGUGCACCGGUUCAUCGGAAUCUGUCAUGAUCACUCUCCAAUGAUGUCAAUUUGGAAAUACGCGGCUAGGGGAACGCUAGAGGAAGUAAUCCAAAAAGGCUCAAUCAAUUUGGAUGCUUUCUUCGCGAUGUCAUUGAUCCGAGAUCUGAUAGAAGGGCUGCAAUUCAUCCAGAACUCGUUUCUCGGAUUUCAUGGGAAUCUAUGUUCAACGACUUGUUGGAUCGAUGAGAGAUGGGUGCUGAAAGUGAGCGGAUUUGGAUGUGCAAAUCUGAGAAAAGGAGCAAAAAUCGAGAAGAAACGACAACUCUGGCUAGCACCUGAACUCUUAAGAAAUCCAUUAAAUGAUGGAACAAAAGAAACCGAUAUCUAUGCUUUUGCCAUUAUCUGUUCAGAGAUCGUAACUAGAAAAGAAGUUUACGAUUUGGAGAAUCGAAAUGAGAAGAUUGAAGAACUCCUCUACAUGAUCAAACGGGGCUCCUCAGUGCCCACUCGACCAACGUUGACCAUUCCCGAAGAAAUGGAGCUGAACCCAGCUGUGCUUCAUAUGAUCCGCGAUUGUUGGUCGGAUUUGCCUGAUACUCGCCCAACAAUCUCCACCAUUAAAACAAUCAUCAAAUCGAUGGCUCAAUCCGAUGGAGGACAACAAAAUCUAAUGGAUCAUGUCUUUAAAUUGAUGGAAUCUUAUGCAGAGACAUUGGAAAAAGAGGUACAAGAUCGAAUGGCAGAAUUGGUGGAAGAGAAAAAGAAGAGUGAUGUGUUGCUGUAUCGGAUGUUGCCAAAACCAGUAGCUGAUCGUUUAAAACUCGGGCAAUCAGUAGAGCCUGAAUCUUUCGAAAGUGUCACGAUUUUCUUCUCCGACGUCGUUCAAUUCACGAAUUUGGCUGCAAAAUGCACUCCGUUUCAGAUCGUGAACCUCCUCAACGAUCUCUACACCACAUUUGAUACAAUCAUUGAGCAGCAUUCGGUUUACAAGGUGGAAACAAUUGGUGAUGGUUAUCUUUGCGUUUCCGGUCUUCCCUAUCGAAAUGGAAUCCAACACGUGAAAGAAAUCGCUGAAAUGUCACUCGAUUUCUUGAGAGCUGUUAAGCUUUUCCGAAUUCCCCAUUUACCCACAGAAUCGAUAAAUCUAAGAAUUGGAAUGCAUUCUGGAUCUUGCGUUUCAGGAGUCGUCGGAUUGGCAAUGCCGAGAUAUUGUCUAUUUGGAGACACUGUAAACACAGCAUCCAGGAUGGAAAGCAAUGGGAAACCUGGCCAAAUUCACAUGUCAUCCGAUGCGGCAGUUCUUCUUCGACGAAUCGGCGGUUAUGAGAUUGAAUCGAGAGGAGAAGUGAUCAUCAAGGGCAAAGGCGUAAUGGAAACAUUUUGGCUGUUGGGAAGGAGUGGAAUGGGCUAUUCUUCGACCAUCGUCUCUCCAUCACCCCCAACCCGACCAAAAGCCAAGCCAGAGAUGAAUGAACGAUUCUUUGAGCCUCGUACCAUCCAGGAUGCAGAAAUUCGUCAAGUGACACCACCAAUGGAGAAUGAAACAAGGCUUCAAUCUGAGUUUCCGGUGACUUUUUCGACCACAUUGACUCCAAGCACUGCUUCAACUCCAACAUCGAUUCCAACUGGCAACGCAAGGACGUAUCUCGUUGGAAUGAUUGUCACCGAAAGCCAGCAAGUGAAUAUCGGCUUCUCGUUGACUGGAGGAGUGAUCACAUUGGCUUUACAACAAAUCGCUCAACAACAUCUACUAGAUGGCGUUGAUUUUGACUUCGUUGUCAACUACACCGAUUGCACUGAAUCAAACGCUGCCGGCAUUGCAGUCUACAUGAUCAAGCAGCGACAAGUUGACAUGAUUAUUGGACCGGCUUGUGCUAUAGGAUGCUUUCAACGAUUCGGCAUACAACUCGUCGUCGAUCACGAGCAAUCAACGCCUGGAGCGGAACUCAAAUCAACAACAGAUGGUUACCGCGCUUCUCAAAAUCAAAUCGAAAGCAAGAGG